GCCGCGUUGUCCGUGCUGGGAGGGCGCGGCGGGUGGCGCUGGUUGGGCGUUGCUGGCGCAUGCCUAUCUCUCGCCGGACCGCGAGGCGGGCGUCUGCCAGGACCCGCGGCGGAGGCAGGGCAGCUGGAGAGCUGCCGGGCGCCCCCCGUGGAGACUGGACAGCCCGGGCUCGGCCCAGGGCGCCGCUCCGCCGCCGGCGGGCAUCAUGGCAUCGCUGGCCGACAGGGUACGGGGCCACGGGCGCAUCGCCGCCGGGCUUCUGUUCAACCUGCUGGUAUCUAUCUGCAUCGUGUUCCUCAACAAAUGGAUCUAUGUGCACCAUGGCUUCCCCAACAUGAGUCUGACCCUGGUGCACUUCGUGGUCACCUGGCUGGGCUUGUACAUCUGCCAGAAGCUGGACAUCUUUGCCCCCAAAAGUCUGCCGCUCUCCAGGCUCCUCCUCCUGGCCCUCAGCUUCUGUGGCUUUGUGGUCUUCACCAACCUUUCUCUGCAGAACAACACCAUAGGUACUUAUCAGCUGGCCAAGGCCAUGACCACGCCGGUGAUCAUAGCUAUCCAGACCUUCUGCUACCAGAAGAGCUUCUCCAUCAGAAUACAGCUUACACUGAUUCCUAUAACCGUAGGUGUAAUCCUAAAUUCUUAUUACGAUGUGAAGUUUAAUUUCCUUGGAAUGGUGUUUGCUGCCCUUGGUGUUUUAGUUACAUCCCUUUAUCAAGUGUGGGUUGGAGCCAAGCAGCAUGAAUUGCAAGUCAACUCCAUGCAGCUGCUGUAUUACCAGGCUCCCAUGUCUUCUGCCAUGCUGCUGGUAGCUGUGCCCUUCUUUGAGCCAGUGUUUGGAGAGGGAGGAAUAUUUGGUCCCUGGUCAGUUUCUGCUUUGCUUGUGGUGUUGCUGUCUGGAGUGAUAGCUUUCAUGGUGAAUUUAUCCAUCUACUGGAUCAUCGGGAACACAUCACCAGUCACCUACAACAUGUUCGGACACUUCAAGUUCUGCAUUACCCUCUGUGGAGGAUACGUUUUAUUUAAGGAUCCGCUGUCUGUUAAUCAGGGACUUGGCAUUUUAUGUACACUAUUUGGCAUUCUAGCCUACACCCACUUUAAACUCAGUGAACAGGAAGGAAGUAAGAGUAGGCUGGUCCAACGUCCGUGAGUUUGGGUGGAGAAGAGAACGUUGCAUCAAGAAGAUAAGAAAUGUCGUGUCUAAGUGAAUUUCCAAAAUGAAGAAAAUUAUGGUAUAAAAUUCACUGAGUGAUUUAUAAGAAGGAAUGAUGAAUUUUAUUCCAUGAAUGACUUUUUUUAGUACCUUUUAUCAAACUUAAUUUUCUAAAACCAAAAUGGUUCACACUUCUUUUCAAAGAUGAUCAGAAGAAACUGGAAAUGUCACUUAGUAGCAGGUACAGUGUGUGCCUGGCCUGCAGGGGGCCCUGGGUCCCGUCUCCAGCACCAUCAGAGCCAGUAAAAUGCAGGAAGAAUAAAGUUCUCUAAUGAUGACAAAGGAACGAGCAUCCCAUUCCUAUGGUGUGUCUGGUGUGUCCUGGCUUUUCAGCAUUCACACUCUUCUGAGGAGGGGGCUCCUGCACAUAGGACUCCUGCUUACUGUUGAUGGUUUCCCAGCAUGAGCUUUAUUACAUUUUAGUCAUUGUUUAAGCAGUGCAGGGACUGAACCCAGAGCCUUGCACUUGCUAGACAAGCACUACCGCUGAGCUACACCCCAAGUCCCAAGUCAGAAUGUAAAUCUAGCACUUAUAUUUUAGUUGGUUUACUUUAGCUUCUUUAUUUUCUCAUUUGUAGAAAUGAAAUGUUUAUAGAAAGAUAUCAUGAGGAUGAUUAUAAAACUAAACACAACUCUUAAGUUCUGCUUUUUGAAUAGAAAAUUGAUGUAAAAAGUCAUACAUUAUCAGACAGGGUAGCACAGUGUGCCUGUAAUCCCAGCUACUGGGAGACUGAGGCAGGACUGCUUGAGCCCAGGGCCAACCUGAGCAACAUAAACCCUCUCUCUUACAAAAUAGAUCAGUGUGGAGUGCUUGCCUAGCAUGUGUGAGGCCCUGGGUUCAACUCCCCAGUAACACUAGCAACAGAGAAAGGAACAUGAAGACAUGGAACAGGGGAAUAUAGGUUUCCUCCCAUCCUGGUAACUGCUUUCGCCAGCUGCUUCCAGCAUGUCAUCUUAGUAGUUCUGACAUCACCUCCCUCCCACUGCUCUCUGCCCACCACAUAGAGAAGCAUGUGGAGCAUUUGUGUGGCAUUGGAGACUGGAUUUAUCAUGUCCUGCUUUCCAGAGUUAUUAAUUCUAAGCAGAAAUCUGGUGAAAAAAUAGGAAAAAUUUGCGGAGAAGUGGAAAACUAGCUAAUAUUUAACUAGUUCAGUGAGUUUUUGAAGGGAUAACAUUUUUUUCCAGUCUUUUGAGAUAGGGCCUCCCUGUGUACAGGCUCCAGCUGGCCUAGAACUCACUAUGUAGACCAGGUUGGCCUCAGCCUGCCUCUGCCUCCCCAGUGCUGGGAUUAAAGGCAUGCACCACCACGCCUGGCUAACAAAAUAUUUGUAAUUGAAAUACUGGUAAAAUGCCUACUUUCCACUUAAAUAUAAUGCCAUAUAUUUAAUUGCAAAAGUAUAUUUUUGCCUUCCAACUUCUUAACAUUUAAACAUCAGAAGUAGCAUUGAUAAUUUCACAAUAUGUUGAAUCAGAUCUCUCUUGAAAUAAUUUUUUAGACUUUAUACACUUUCUGUGAGAAAGCAGUCUUAAGACAAAGAACCACAUGUGUAUCUACAUGACCACAUGUACACCUACAUUAUGAUAAUAAAUUUUAUCAUAGGUGGUUUUUGUCUUUACCAAAUAAGAAAGCCUGGGUUCUAUCUCCAGCACUUCCAAAAAACAACAAACAAAACACAAAAAACCCAAGCAAUCAGGAAACAGCUGCCUGUGGAGGUCCAUUCCUGUAACUCCAGUACUUGAGUGGUUGAGGCAGGAGGACAGGAAGUUUCAGGCCACUGUGGCCUACUUAGAAUUCCAGGGCAACCUGAAUUAAAUGAACCCUAAAUUUAAAAAAAGAAAGAUAAUAUGUAUAUAUACCUGUUUCAGGAUUUUCCCCCAGUCCAUUUCAAAUAAAAAGCCAUGGGCUGACACCAGGGUUGGAUUCCUAGCACCCACAUGGCAGCUAACAAUCAUCCAUAACACCAGUUCCAAGGGAUCCAAUGUCCUUUUCUAACCUCUACAGGUAUUGAACUUAUACACAUGCUGGCAGUAUACUCAAGAUAAAAUAUUUAAAAAUAAUAAAAGGCCACAUUGAAAAUGUACUUUGAAGAAUUUAUUGUAUGAUUAGCAUAGGUGGUUUCAUGUUUUUGUUUAAGUGUUGUUUGCUCUUCCCAGUUUACAGAGGGGUGUCGUGCUAAGAAGUGCAGAGCGUUCUGUCUUUAGCAAUGAACCUUUGGUAUUUAAGAAACAUUUUCUAUGUACAUUUAAAUUAAUGUAUAAGUAUUUCCAAAAGCUGAAGAAAAGCAUUUCAGCACAGUGAUUAACUGAUUUUUGUGCAUUAGGAACAACUAAGUUGAUUUGUGCUGUGUACAAAGUCUUAACUGUAAGUAAAGCUUGGGGCUGGAGGGUGGUUAGGAUGUAAUUAAUGACUGAUGUCAACAGGAAUGAGUAACAAAGUUGGAGCACAAUGGGUGAGGUGUGUUUAUAUAAAUGAAUAAACUGUACUACUAGAAA